GCACAGCAGGCACCCAACAGACAUUCUAGGGAUCUCAAGCUUUUAUAAUAAUGGGAUUGAUGGAGUUUGUCAGUGUUGGAUUCUUUCUGCUUACUGCAGUUGGCAUGUCUUUAGCACAGUGGUCAGGAUUUCAACAAGGCCAGGAUCCAAUAAGAUUCCAACAACAACAGUCACCAGUUUUAGCUGCUCAGCAAGCUGUUCAAGGCCCACAGGCAUCAGCUGCUUUUAGGCCUCCAAGACCUGCAAUUAGUCCUGCUGGGGUAGAUCCAUGGAAAUUUCAAGAACCUGGAAGUAGUCAGUCCAAACAGCUUAUGGAAGCUCCUAUGACACCACUGACCUGGCAUUUUCCUGUAGUACCAGACGAACCCCAACAGCCAGAUGUUAAUUUUGAGUUGCAUGUACCUACCCCUAAAGAGAGUAUUGCUGCACAAUGUGGGGAGAGCUCUGUGCAUGUGGAGGUUCAGAAGGACUUCUUUGGGACUGGUCAAUUUGUGAAUCCUUCAUUCCUCAGUUUAGGAGGUUGUGCAGCUGUAGGGGAGGAUCCAGAAGCUCAAGUGCUCAUCUUUGAGUAUGAGCUCCAGGCAUGUGGUAGCUCUUUGACGAUGACUGACAGUGAGCUGGUCUAUACAUUUACCCUCCUCUACACUCCUGAGGCUUUAGUAGGAACUCCUAUUGUAAGAACUGAUGCAGCAGCUGUUGGAAUUGAGUGCCACUAUUCAAGGUUGCACAAUGUAAGCAGUGACGUUUUGAUGCCCUCUUGGGUUCCUUUUGCUGCUACAAAGGUUGCAGAGGAAGUUCUGGUGUUCUCCUUGAAGCUCAUGACUGAUGACUGGAUGUAUGAGAGGCCGUCUAAUCAGUACUUCCUAGGGCAGUUUCUGAAUGUUGAAGCUUCUGUAAGGCAGUACAGCCAUGUUUCUCUGCGCCUAUUUGUGGAUAGUUGUGUGGCUACAGCGGUCCCUGACGUGAACUCUGUUCCAAGAUAUUCCUUUAUUGAGAACCAUGGGUGCCUGGUUGAUGCAAAGCUUACAGGCUCUACUUCCAGUUUUAUGCAGCGAGUUCAGAAUGACAAACUACACUUUCAGUUAGAAGCUUUCAGAUUCCAGCAAGCAAAUAGUGGUCAGGUCUACAUUACAUGUGCUUUGAGAGCAGUUAUGGCUUCAACCCCCAUAAGCCCAGAGAACAAGGCUUGCUCCUUUGCCAAUGGAUGGCUUUCCGUAGAUGGCAAUGACCAGGUGUGCAUGUGCUGUGAUUCCAUAUGUGGUUCCAGCAGGAAAGUGCGAGCACUAUCUGAUUCAGGUCUUGUUUCUGAAGGGAAAGCAACCAUUGGCCCCAUUGUAGUCUCUGACUGAUGUGGAUCGUAAGAAGUGGCCAAUAAAGAUUUGAAAUGGA